UCUCCACGGCUCACGCGCCCGGGCCCGGGGAAGAUGAAACCAUCAAGCCAAACUUGCGCGAGGGUAGAGAGGAGGAGGGGGAAGCAGGCCAGCAGGCAGGGGUCGGCGAUGAGCUCCGGCUCCACCAGGGAGGUGGUUGUCCACGUGUACGACGCGACCAACACCGGCUCGGAGAAGACCGACGCCGCCGUCCUCCAGAUCAACCGCAUCUUCAAGGACCGCCUCAGCAUCGGCGGCAUCUUCCACAGCGCCGUGCAGGUCUAUGGAGAAGAUGAGUGGUCAUUUGGGUAUUGCCUAAGUGGUAGUGGAGUGUUCAGUUGCCCAAUCCACAAAAAUCCUAUGUACACAUACCGUGAGAGCAUUGUCCUGGGAGAGACAAGCUGUUCAAUCUCGGAAGUAAACCAGAUCUUGAGCCAGUUAAGUUGUGAAUGGCCUGGAUACUCGUAUGACCUCCUGUCAAGAAACUGCAAUCACUUCUCUGAUGUGUUCUGCGAAAAGCUUGGUGUUCGUAAAAUUCCAGGUUGGGUUAAUCGUUUUGCCAAUACUGGUGAUACAGCUACGGUUGUUGCUGGGACUACAGUACUGCCGUUCAGACAGGCUAAAACAGAGAUUGUCAAUGCCAGUAGAGUAGCAUACAGAUUUAUGGCAGGCUUGGCUCAAAAUAAUCAGGGUAAAGCAGAUUCCCCAACUAAUCAGAAGCGAAAUAGACCUAGGUUCCAGGGCACUUGGUUCAAGAACAUCGUCUCAGCGGGCGCGAAGCCCUCUGCAACAACAACGAAUUUUCCACAUGAGGCUGAUGAUGAAAAAUUCACAGAACUGUCAGAAUGGGUAUAGCCGCUGUCUUAGGAACCCACUAACUGUCGGAUGACACUGGGUUACACCUGUGGAAAAUAUGUGUUUACAAACACGAAAUGAUUGGUAUUCAUGCAUGCAUAUGGUUCUCUACAUUAUAUAUGUCUGCAUUUUGUCGUGCAUCAAAAACAAGUGAAAUGUACAUUCAUGGUUCAUCUAGAGUUACUACUCUCUGAUGCU